AUGAAUUAUUCUCGAAUACAGGCAUUAGAAAAUAAUGACCAGACUGAUAACGAAACUAGAUCGUUCGGUCAAGUUAGUAAUUUCAUGGAGGAUAGUAUUAAAGUAAAGGUGCCACCGCGCUCCGGUAGUGUUAUGUCGCGCAACAAUUAUGUAAAUGCAGCAGAUGUACCUGAUAAAUUCAGAGCUUUUCCAAAUAAAACUAGGGAACGAUAUAAUAGGAAAAAAUCUGAUAAAACUGGAAGAGAAGAUAAUAAUAAAAAGUUAGACAAAACUAGAGAACAAGAAUAUAAUAAAAACACUUAUGAAAGGUACGAAGAAGAAGAAAAGAACAUUGAAGGUAUGGAUAAAUUUGGUGAAAAUCCUGUAUACAAAAAAAAUUAUGAAAAAUACAACAAUUCGAAUGAAAGAAAACAAUACCAAAAAACUAAAGAAGAGAUUGAAAGUGAAAAUGUAUAUCAAUUAGAUGAUGAUCAAUUAGAAGCUGAGUCAGAGUGCAGUUGUACACAAUCUUCAGAAGUGGAAGAUUCCUUUUCUGCUAGUUAUAGUGAAACGGAAUUGCUUGAAAAAAAUUUAAAAAAUGAAAAUAUAUGGGAAUCAUGUUCGUGCAGUGCAGCUACAGAGGAAAUAAGCGAUAAUUCAUUUUGUAGUUGCAUGCGGGAGAAUUACAAUGACUAUGUAAUUCCAAAUCAAAAUGAUUUCACUAUAGGUUAUUCCAAGAACAAUACCAUAAAUAAAAAUACUAAAAGAAACGAUGAUUUUGAACGAAUAUGUGCAGAAUUUGUAAGAAGUCUUAAUACCUGCAGAUGUGAUAACUUUAUUGAUUCACAUAAUUUAUCUACGCCACCGGCUAGUAGUCAGAGUUCUAACGACACAUCCGUAACAUCCGGCUCUUGUACUUGUACCACCAACAAGGGUUCAGAAAAACGUUCUACUAGUAAAAGCAAAAAAACAGCAAAAAAAACGAAUGCGUCGAGCAAAGUGAAAUCAGAAAAAAAAACUAAGUCACGCUCGAAUAGUAAAGGUAAAAAGGUUAAAAGUGCUACUUCGAAAAAAAAAUCAAGUACAACUACAAAGGCUACUUGUAAGUGCGUAACCAAUGAUACAGAAACUAGUAAUUAUACUGGUGAGACAAACUAUUCAAGUGCAGCAACCAAACCGAUUUGUGGGUGCGGUAACAGUAAUACACAAAGUGAUUCUCGAAUGGUUGAGAGAAGAAGUUCAAGAGAUUCGUCAAAAGCAACUUGCAAGUGCGUACCUAGUGAUACAUAUCAUAAUACUCCAAUAGGUGGAACAAAUGGUUUAAGUGGUGGAUCAAAACCCACUUGUAAGUGCAGCCAAAGAGAGUCACAAUCAAAUGAGCAGAAAAAAAAUAAGAAUAGAAGUUGUUCAUGUAAGGUUUCUAAUGAUACUGAUUCUCAGUCAUCACAAGAAUCUUAUGUUAAUGCAACCAAAAAAGCAGAGUCUUGUAAAUGUAAAAUGCGUAACAACUUUGAUGAUAUUCGUACAAAUAACACGAAGUCAUCAGAUAAAUAUUCUAGUCUAAAUAGAAUGAAACCUCAAAACAAUUCCUUUUCAUCAGAAGUAAGCAAAAAGUCAUGUAUGUGCACAGUAAUGGAAAAGAAAGCAAAACCGCCUACAUAUAACAAGGAACUUUCUGGUUCACGAAAAUUUUAUUCUAGGGGUUCUUUAAGUAGUGAGGAGGAAAUUGUGUCAAUCACGACCAAAAACAGUUCUAACCAGAGUGACCGUGAAGAUCGGUAUAAAGAAAAACCUACAGGUAAUGGUAAUUGUAAAUGUAGGCAAAUGUCUAAUGAGAGAAUGAAAAUUAAACAAACAACUGAAUGUAGCUGCAAACGUACAUCCACUGAUUUAUCUGAUAGUACAGCAAAAUACUCAUCUGCCCAAUAUAAGGGGCACGUUGGACAAAGAGCGGGAACUAGUAAGGAAACUUGCAAGUGUGUGCUUAAAAUGAGUGAUAGAGUACCAAUUCAGACAAAAGUUAAAGCUAAAGAAAUAGAAACAUGUAAUAGGGAAACAUGCAAGUACCGGAAUGUGCCCACAAGUUCUACAAGCAACGAUCCAGCAUAUGGAAAGACAGAUAUAUUGAACGAACAAAUGGACAAAAAAGUUAAACAAAAUGUAAAGAGUAAAGAGAAUCAAUUAAGUUCCGCUAAUUCCAUGAAAAAAACUAAAGAACCGUUACCGCAGUUUCAAGAAAAAGAUACACAAACUGAUCCAGUAUACAAAAAGCAGGAAGUUUUAAAUGAACAAAUGGUUGAUAAAGUUAAACAAAAAGGAAAAAGUGAAGAGGCUCAAUUAAGCUCCGCUAAGUCCAUGAAAAAAUCUGAAAAACAGUUUCAAGAAAGAGAUUCACAAACAGAUCCAAUAUACAAAAAGCAAGAAGUUUUAAAUGAACAAAUGGAUGAUAAAGUUAACCAAAAAGGAAAAAGUGAAGAGGAUCAAUUAAGCUCCGCUAAGUCCAUGAAAAAAUCUGAAAAACAGUUUCAAGAAAAAGAUACGCAAACAGAGCCAGUAUACAAAAAGAAAGAAGUUUUAAAUGAACAAAUGGAUGAUAAAGUUAAACAAAAAGAAAAGAGUGAAAAAGAUACACAAACGGAAUGUGAUGACAGUAGUUGCAAAUUUCUUAAAGAAAAAAAAAAUUCAUUAAAUGAAUAUUCUUGUGAUGACAAGUCAUGUGAAAAAAAAGCAACAAAAGUAGCGGUAGAAAAUGAUACAGUAAUAUCUGAUGCCAAAAAAGGUGAACAAGUUUUACCAAGGGAAAAUAAGAAUAAAACUGAAAGUAAAGAAAAAAUCGCUUCUCAGCCUCAAGGUUCUGUUAAAAUGAAUAAUAAAUCCGAUACUCAGAAAUCUAAUAAUAAUAAAGAAGAUCAUUGCAAUUGCUGUAAAUGUAAAGAAAAGUUGAACGCAAAAAAUGAAAAAGAAAAUGCUGAAGAUCCAGUUAAUGUUUCCUACGGCUGGGUAUCUUGGUUUGCUCCAGGUGACUAUAAUUACAGUAAUUGGAUGGUGGAUGAAAUGAAGAAAAAAAAUUUAGAUAACGAUUCUGUUCAGAAUAUGUUGUCUACUAGAACACUAAAUGAUGACAGCCUAACCAACAACAUGAUGAAAACUGGUGAUAAUACUAAAGAUUUAUACAAGGAUAAUUCAAAAGACGAAAUGAAUACCUAUAGCGCUCUUGAAAAAUCAAAUAAAAUUCAAUCAAAUCGAUUUGAAAGGAAACUUUCAGAUUCCACUCAGGAACAAUUAAUAAUAGAUACAGACUUAUACGACAAUAAAAUAUCACACACUAACAAUAAUGAGAAUAUUGAGUAUAUCAGUUCAGUAAAUUCAGAUUCGAACAGAAUAUCUAUCAGCACACAAACUGAAGAGUGGGUACAGGAUGAAGAGGGUCGUUAUAGUUAUAUACCGUAUACUCCAUAUAGACGCAGGACAUUAGCUGCAGAUGAAGAUGCAAAUCGCCAUGAAGGUGGACAAUAUGACAGAAACAGUGAAGACGACAACGAAAAUGUCGAGUAUGAAUCAGCUAGACAUAAUAUUAUUCCUAACAAAAAUGGUUCUAAUAAAAUAAAGCCACAAUACCUAAGAAGUACAGAUAAUAAUAUAGCAAAUGUGGUAUCUGAAAAGAGUUUAGAAUAUAAAUCAAAAAGCCAUAAGAAGAUUCAGAAUGGAAAGAAAAUUAAUGAACCAAUGCUUAAGAGUGUUGCUGCUCAAUACAAUUUGAAUUCUAGUAAUAAUGAAAAGAGUUUCAGUGCUGAUUUCAUACAAAAGAAAUCAGAAAAGAUAAGGAAAUAUUUAAUAAAUUCAAAAAGAAGUGAUAAUGUGGCAACAUGUUCAUAUUCACCCAAACAAAAAAAUCAAAAUUUAAAUAUUACUAGAAGUCGAAAAUCUCAAUUUGAAGGAUGUACAUAUCCCAGGAAAAGAAGUCUUACCCGACCAAAGAAAGACGAUCAUUUCAAAGAAAUUCCAUUUAAAUGUCCUAUUAAACCUGCCAAUGAAAGGUUAAAUAGCCUUUCAAGGCAAUGUCCGAAAUUAUAUACUAGACGUGAAAGUGUAGUACGAUCAUCUGGUGUUCCAUCAACUUGCCCAAAUCAGUCUGAUUCUGUAAAAGAAAAUAAUUUAAGACAAGCUGGUGGUAAAGGAAAAGAGUUUGUAUGCAGUACAGAAAAAAAUAAUUUGAACUCAAAAAAUGUUAAUUCUAGUCACAGAAUUGAACAUUGUUAUUUUCAAGAAACAAAUUCCUCCAAUUAUGAUUCAAAACCAACUACAUCACGAGGAAUUCGUCAUAGAACACCAACGAUUUAUAAAUUCAAUCAAAAGAAUAAUACUUUUUAUAUAGAUGAUGAUUUAAAACAAGAUGAGGCUUAUCCGACUUCAAGAGAAUAUUACAAAUUUGCAAAUUUUAGUUCAGAAAUGAAUACUACACCGACGAUGCCAACUCUAUCGAUGCAGGAACGACAGGCGCAUAUUCGUAGAUAUAAUAAUUCAAAUGAAAGAAAUAAUACCGAAUACUCGCAACAAUGUGGAAAACCUAUGUAUAAUAAUUAUGAUGCUGGUCAUGCCCCGAUGCCGCCAACUUAUAAAUCAAAUUCAAUCAAUCAACAAAUAAAUAUUCCAUCAGCUGUUAACUUUAAGGAUGGAGCAAUGUCACAAAGGCAACCAAGUAGUGGUAGAGUAAGUGCUACUUCGAAAAAAAAAUCAAGUACAACUACAAAGGCUACUUGUAAGUGCGUAACCAAUGAUACAGAAACUAGUAAUUAUACUGGUGAGACAAACUAUUCAAGUGCAGCAACCAAACCGAUUUGUGGGUGCGGUAACAGUAAUACACAAAGUGAUUCUCGAAUGGUUGAGAGAAGAAGUUCAAGAGAUUCGUCAAAAGCAACUUGCAAGUGCGUACCUAGUGAUACAUAUCAUAAUACUCCAAUAGGUGGAACAAAUGGUUUAAGUGGUGGAUCAAAACCCACUUGUAAGUGCAGCCAAAGAGAGUCACAAUCAAAUGAGCAGAAAAAAAAUAAGAAUAGAAGUUGUUCAUGUAAGGUUUCUAAUGAUACUGAUUCUCAGUCAUCACAAGAAUCUUAUGUUAAUGCAACCAAAAAAGCAGAGUCUUGUAAAUGUAAAAUGCGUAACAACUUUGAUGAUAUUCGUACAAAUAACACGAAGUCAUCAGAUAAAUAUUCUAGUCUAAAUAGAAUGAAACCUCAAAACAAUUCCUUUUCAUCAGAAGUAAGCAAAAAGUCAUGUAUGUGCACAGUAAUGGAAAAGAAAGCAAAACCGCCUACAUAUAACAAGGAACUUUCUGGUUCACGAAAAUUUUAUUCUAGGGGUUCUUUAAGUAGUGAGGAGGAAAUUGUGUCAAUCACGACCAAAAACAGUUCUAACCAGAGUGACCGUGAAGAUCGGUAUAAAGAAAAACCUACAGGUAAUGGUAAUUGUAAAUGUAGGCAAAUGUCUAAUGAGAGAAUGAAAAUUAAACAAACAACUGAAUGUAGCUGCAAACGUACAUCCACUGAUUUAUCUGAUAGUACAGCAAAAUACUCAUCUGCCCAAUAUAAGGGGCACGUUGGACAAAGAGCGGGAACUAGUAAGGAAACUUGCAAGUGUGUGCUUAAAAUGAGUGAUAGAGUACCAAUUCAGACAAAAGUUAAAGCUAAAGAAAUAGAAACAUGUAAUAGGGAAACAUGCAAGUACCGGAAUGUGCCCACAAGUUCUACAAGCAACGAUCCAGCAUAUGGAAAGACAGAUAUAUUGAACGAACAAAUGGACAAAAAAGUUAAACAAAAUGUAAAGAGUAAAGAGAAUCAAUUAAGUUCCGCUAAUUCCAUGAAAAAAACUAAAGAACCGUUACCGCAGUUUCAAGAAAAAGAUACACAAACUGAUCCAGUAUACAAAAAGCAGGAAGUUUUAAAUGAACAAAUGGUUGAUAAAGUUAAACAAAAAGGAAAAAGUGAAGAGGCUCAAUUAAGCUCCGCUAAGUCCAUGAAAAAAUCUGAAAAACAGUUUCAAGAAAGAGAUUCGCAAACAGAUCCAAUAUACAGAAAGCAAGAAGUUUUAAAUGAACAAAUGGAUGAUAAAGUUAACCAAAAAGGAAAAAGUGAAGAGGAUCAAUUAAGCUCCGCUAAGUCCAUGAAAAAAUCUGAAAAACAGUUUCAAGAAAAAGAUACGCAAACAGAGCCAAUAUACAGAAAUUAG